CUUACUAAAUGCAAACGAAGAGGCGAAAAAUAGGAAACGCUGCUGGUCGUCGCUGAGAAAACAAAAGUCUCCCCGGGUUUUAAUUGCCACAUGCUCUCGACAUGUCACCCAAAAAACGGCAGAAUGACUCUGAAACGGGUGGAAAGAAUAAGAAAGAGAAACGAGGUGAACUCGCCGUGAUAAAUUCGGAUUUGAGGGAUGAAUCUCUCCAGAAAGGCAUGAGAGACGCAUGGCAGAGGAAAGAGAGUUAUUCUAAUGGCAGUGUGCAGCUUGACUGUGAGCCCUUUCCUCACUGUCAGAUCACUCAUUUCCUGCAGAGUGAGAGCUUUGUGGAGAGCCUACAAGCAGAGCUAUUUCAGCUUAAUUUCAACAGCAAGUCAAAUGACUUGUACAAGUUUCAACAGUCAGAUGAUCUGAGAGAGAGAAGAGAGCACCAUAUAUCACAGAUAAGGUCAGUGAUUUUUGGGGAGUUCCGUCUGUGGUUGUCGGAAGUGUUGCAAGUGGAUUUGGAGGCAAUUGUCGAUAUAUCCUGUGCCAAAUAUGAGCAUACAGAUGUGUUACUCUGUCAUGAUGAUGAGCUGGAGGGGCGAAGAGUUGCAUUCAUUCUCUACCUGGUGCCUCCUUGGGAGCUGACGGAUGGAGGAACACUGGACCUGUUCAGCACUGAUGAACACUGUCAGCCGGUGAACAUUGCCAAGUCUCUGCUUCCUCGCUGGAACUCUCUGGUGUUUUUUGAAGUGUCCCCGGUCUCCUUCCAUCAGGUGGCAGAGGUUCUUACUGAGGGGAAGUGCCGUUUAUCUCUGAGUGGUUGGUUUCAUGGCCACUCACUGCCAAGACCCCCACGCUACAUGGAACCCCCUGUUCCCCGUCACACACACAUCCCCAGAGAUGAGAGUGUGAUAUUUGAUUGGGUGAACGAGAUGUACCUGGAUCCUCGCUAUCAGGCUCGGGUGCAGCAAGAAUUCGAAGAUAGUUCAGAGAUCUGCUUGCCUAGUUUCUUACAGGAGGAAAAAUUUAGGCAGGUGCGUAGUGCUCUGCAGUCUUCUGAAAUCCAGUGGGAGAGAAGGGGUCCACCCAAUAAGAGGUGUUAUAGCUGUGCAGAUAUGCAGAACGUCCCAUCUUGUUUAAAGGAGUGCUGGGAACUCCUUUCCUCUGAGCCGUUCUUCAUCCUCUUGUCCAACUUGACUGGCCUCCGUCUCCACUAUCUGGCUCAAUGUGAUGACGAGGAUGAGAGCGAUGAUGAAAAGAGUGACACAGAGAAUGAAGACGAAGAGAGGAGCACACAAGCAGAAGGCUCCAGUUGUGCUGCUGAUGCUUCAUCAGCUGAGAAGAAAGCCAAAGGACCUCCUACUUAUGUAGGAAAACUGCGUCGUUGGGCACGUGGUGACUACACAUUAUUACAUGACUCUGUGAAACGAGAGUAUGGUUUAGAUCUUCAGCUUCACAUGGGCUGUGCAGGGUGGAAGGCAGAGUUUGGGGGAUUUACGUCCUAUAUUGCACAUGAUGAAGACGAGGAGCUCUUGACAGUGUAUCCAGAGGAUAACUCCCUCGCUCUGGUCUACAGAGACAAAGACACACUCAAGUUCAUCAAACAUAUUAAUAACAGCAGCUCUGCCCAUCUUUCUGCCCCAAAUACCACCGCAUUCUAUGACUUCUGUUUUAACUACUAUGAAUGAUGUGAGAAACAGUGCGAAUGAUUGACUGUAAAAUUUAAGAGGCACUUUCAUCUUGGACUGAAGAAUGUAUAAGAGUUUUGCAAAAAUUCAGUGCUAAAUUUGAUGCUAUACAUUAAAUGUAAUCAUUGGAUUGUAAAUCACAAUGAGAGCAUUUUGUGCUCUAAUGUCAGUAAAUGUAUUCUAAUUAACA